AUGGCGUCGUUCCGUGCCAAGAAACCUAUACCCACCAGUCAUGUAGAGCCGGUGCAACCGCUGAAAGUGGAGAAAAAGGUCUCGGAUGGACAAACCCAAAAGUUGUUCAAAAGGCUAGCUCCGAGUCAGCAAUCACAAGUCGGAAUAUUUCGCCACGUAGUCCUUAUAAUUGACUCAUCUGAAUCCCUCCCGCUAACCUAUCUGUCUGAGUUUGUCAAUAGUCUCUUUCUUUAUGUCCAGUUCAUUCUUUCCCAUCGGCCCUUAAUUCGGGUUGCCUUUAUGACCCUGCAGAACUCGCUCUGCUAUCUUGAGCUCCGCUUUUCGUCCAACUUAUCUGCCUUUGAAGAGGUCUUGAGGGACGGAUUUCGUCCUUCUGGUCACAUAGCGCUGGCCACGGGACUAGACCAAGCCUAUGAGCUGCUGAUGAAUAACAAGUCUGCGGCGUCUUCUCGGCGAAUCCUAUAUGUCAAUUUCUCCAACGCUACUCUGGACUCUCUUGACAUCUUCAGUGUAUUGGAGAAGCUACUGGCCGCGCAGAUACAGGUGGAUAUUGUUUCACUUACAAAUCGCUUUGGGGUGCUCGAUCACAUAAGCCGGGUAACAGGCGGGAGGCAUCUCAUUGUGGACCGUGACGUCAAAGGUGGGUUGCUCAACUUGCUCAAGAGGCUGGAGUUGCGAUCUGAGGACACUAGGCUCAUGCACUCAAAAGGAAGGGAAGAACAUUCCCUGAAUUUACAGGCCUCUCACAACCAGACUGCGACAGACACGGAAGGAGGGAAGUUUAUCAUGGUGGGCUUUCCCGUACACAUUUGUGAUGAUGCAAUCUGCUUUUGUCACAACAGACAUGGUACAGGCUUCUAUGAGUGUCCGUUUUGUUAUGCAGUCGUGUGUGACAUCUCCGAGUGCGUGUGCUGUGGCCUGCAACUGGUCAUGUACCCCAACUUGUACAGGGGGGCACUCCUUCAUAAGCGAGCUCUGUCGUUCAAGAAAUUAGAUACCUCUUUGUCUCAGACUGAAAGCAUUGUAAACACUACCAACCCAGCAGAGGAUGGAAAGAACAUCAAAGCGAAAAGCAUGUGCUCACUGUGUCAGAUGCAAUACGGAACAGAUACAGAUACCAGUCAGUAUUUGUGCAGUUUCUGCGACGCCCCGUUCUGCAAAAGCUGCUCCGAGCUGCUGGCAGAGGCGAAGGUGGCCUGUACGGUGUGCGGUCAGAUUUGA